CGUCCCCUAUAAAGAAAAUCCAUCUUGCAACCUUACCGUUUGUGGGGAAUGUAAACCUGUCAUCCCUCCAUUAAUCACCUUUCCAAAUUCGAUUCGAUUCAACCCCCCAAUCCAUCCACCCUCUCUCUAUUUAUGAUCCCCCCAUCAUCACUAAUCUCUGCAGCUAAUCCCUCACAGUUUCACACACAUUUCAAGUCCCACCAACCUAUCUCUCUCUGUCAUGGGUGUCUUUGGAGGAGCAAUAUUCGUGGUCAUUUCUCUGCUUGUGAUUGACCAAGUGGUUGCAACGUUGGGACAUGCUAAGGGAAAGAGGGAAGAAACUGUCGACACCGGUUCCUGCGAAGGCAUCGCAGGAACGUGGGUCUAUGACAGUUCAUACCCUUUCUAUGACCCAUCCCAGUGUCCCUUCCUAGAGAACCAGUUCACCUGCCUCGCGAAUGGCAGGCUCGACAAAGGUUUCCUCAAGUACAGAUGGAAGCCAGCCGGCGACUGCGACUUGCCGAGGUUCGACGGCCGAGACUUCUUGUCGAGAUUGAAAGGGAAGAGGCUAAUGUUUGUGGGGGACUCGUUGAGCUUGAAUCAAUGGCAAUCCCUCACUUGCAUGGUGCACACUGCAGUGCCUGAGGCCAAGUACACUUCGACAACAGUUGCUGGGCUUUCCAACUUCUCAUUUCCGGAAUACGGAGUGGAGCUGAUGUUCUUUCGAGACGCGUUCCUAGUGGACAUUGUGAGCACCAGCACCGGGCGAGCUCUCAGGCUCGACUCUCUCCAGAGCGCCAAGAUUUGGGAGGGCGCUGAUGUGUUGGUAUUCAACUCGUGGCACUGGUGGCUUCACGUCGGAAGGAAACAACCAUGGGAUUAUAUCCAAGAAGGGAAUAAGACAUAUAAAGACAUGGAUCGCUUGGUGGCCUAUGAGAAAGCAUUGAACACUUGGGCCAAAUGGGUGGACUCCAGUGUCGACCCAUCAAAAACUACGGUCUUCUAUCAAGGAGUUUCCCCGGACCAUGCAAAUGCAAGCGAUUGGGGUCAAGCGAAGGCCAAUGCCUGUAUCAACGAGACGCGUCCACUCGCCGUGUCAAAAUAUCCGGCCGGCCCGAACCCGGCAGAACUAGUGGCGGAGAAAGUGAUAAGGUCGAUGACGUACCCGGUCCGUCUACUCAACAUCACCUAUCUCUCCCAGCUCCGAGUAGAUGGACAUCCAUCGGUGUAUGGCUCUGGAGGGCACAAGGGCUCGGAUUGCAGCCAUUGGUGUCUUCCUGGAGUUCCUGAUACCUGGAAUUUGUUCCUUUAUCAGUCUCUAGCAGCUCCCAACUUUUGAAUCCGAACAUCGCUAGAAUAGGCGAAUAAUUCAAAUUUAUAUUUUUAUUC